CGGCCGCGGGGCAGGGGGUGCCCGGACCCGAGAGGACGCGGGCGGCUUCGGGGGCGCAGACCUGCGGAGCUUUCGGCCAGCGGGAAGAAAUACAUGGAUUCCACUGCUCCUGUGCAUGCAACCCACAGGCGUUCGAGACACAGUCACAGGGAGAGCUAGAGACCCAGCAUCCCCAGGCCAAGCAGCAGAGGAGCCAGGUGCUGUUGGAGGAAGGCAGGAGGCAGAGAAAACGCUGGGAGAACGGAAACAAGCUCGGCUGCUAAAGCCACAGCCCGGCCUGGGUGCAGGGUGGUGGCCAGGGCCAUGGUGGGAGCCCUGAAGAUGCCCCAUGGCUACUGAGGGAGCUGCCUGGUCAAGCAGUGGAGUGGUGGGCAUGGUGUACAGCUUGUGGGUCCUGGUCCUGGCGCCCUCCGUUUUGGCUCUGGAAGAAGUGCUGCUGGACACGACAGGAGAGACGUCUGAGAUUGGCUGGCUCACCUACCCUCCAGGUGGGUGGGACGAGGUGAGCGUUCUGGAUGACCAGCGCCGGCUGACCCGCACCUUUGAGGCGUGCCACGUGGCGGGGGCCGCUCCGGGCACCGGGCAGGACAACUGGCUGCAGACACACUUCGUGGAGCGCCGCGGGGCGCAGAGGGCACACAUCCGGCUGCACUUCUCGGUGCGGGCGUGCUCCAGCCUGGGUGUGAGCGGGGGCACCUGCCGGGAGACCUUCACCCUGUACUACCGCCAGGCCGAGGAGCCCGACAGCCCUGAGGGCACCACAGCCUGGCACCUCAAGCGCUGGACCAAGGUGGACACGAUCGCGGCCGACGAGAGCUUCCCCGCCUCCGCCGCGGCGUCCUCCGCUUCUGCGUGGGCAGAGGGAGCCCACAGGGCGGGGCCGCGGACUGGGCUGCAGCUGAACGUCAAAGAGCGCAGCUUCGGCCCUCUCACCCAGCGCGGCUUCUACGUGGCCUUCCAGGACACCGGGGCCUGCCUGGCCCUCGUAGCCGUCAAGCUCUUCUCGUACACCUGCCCCGCUGUGCUUCGGGCCUUUGCCUCCUUUCCAGAGACGCAGGCCAGUGGGGCCGGGGGGGCUUCCUUGGUGGCAGCUGUGGGCACCUGUGUGGCUCAUGCAGAGCCAGAGGAGGAUGGAGUGGGGGGCCAAGCCGGGGGCAGCCCCCCAAGGCUGCACUGCAACGGGGAGGGCAAGUGGAUGGUAGCCGUCGGGGGCUGCCGCUGCCAGCCUGGACACCAGCCUGCUCGUGGAGACAAGGCCUGCCAAGCCUGCCCUGGGGGCUUCUACAAGGCUUCGCCUGGGAAUGGCCCCUGCUCACCCUGCCCUGCGCGCAGCCACGCCCCCAUCCCUGCAGCCCCUAUUUGCCCCUGCCUUGAGGGCUUCUACCGGGCCAGUUCUGACCCACCAGAGGCCCCUUGCACUGGCCCUCCGUCAGCUCCCAGGGAGCUCUGGUUCGAGGUGCAAGGCUCAGCGACCAUGCUGCACUGGCGCCUGCCUCAGGAGCUGGGGGGCCGAGGGGACCUGCUCUUCAAUGUUGUGUGCAAGGAGUGUGGAGGCCACCAGGAGCCUGGCAGCGGUGCCACCUGUCGCCGCUGUAGGGACGAAGUGCACUUCGACCCCCGUCAGAGGGGCCUGACUGAGAGCCGAGUGUUAGUGGGGGGCCUCCGAGCACAUGUGCCCUACAUCCUGGAGGUGCAGGCUGUCAAUGGAGUGUCUGAGCUCAGCCCCAACCCUCCGCAGGCGGCGGCCAUCAACGUCAGCACCAGCCAUGAAGUGCCCUCUGCAGUCCCUGUGGUGCACCAGGUGAGUCGGGCCGCCAACAGCAUCACCGUGUCCUGGCCACAGCCUGACCAGACCAAUGGAAACAUCCUCGACUAUCAGCUGCGCUACUACGACCAGGCCGAGGACGAGUCCCACUCCUUCACCCUGACCAGUGAGACCAACACUGCCACUGUGACACGGCUGAGUCCCGGGCACAUCUACGGCUUCCAGGUGCGGGCGCGGACCGCUGCUGGCCACGGCCCCUACGGGGGCAAGGUCUACUUCCAGACACUGCCUCAAGGUGAGCUGUCCUCCCAGCUUCCAGAGAGACUCUCCCUGGUGAUCGGCUCCAUCCUGGGGGCCCUGGCCUUCCUUCUGCUGGCCGCCAUCACCGUGCUCGCUGUCGUCUUCCAACGGAAGCGGCGAGGCACAGGCUACAUGGAGCACCUGCAGCAGUACAAUAGCCCAGCAGGGCUCGGGGUGAAGUGCUACAUCGACCCCUCCACCUACGAGGACCCCUACCAGGCCAUCCGGGAACUUGCCCGGGAGGUAGACCCUGCGUAUAUCAAGAUCGAGGAGGUCAUUGGGGCAGGCUCCUUCGGAGAAGUGCGCCGAGGCCGACUGCAGCCCCGGGGACGGCGGGAGCAGCCCGUGGCCAUCCAGGCCCUGUGGGCUGGGGGUGCUGAGAGCCUACAGAUGACCUUCCUGGGCCGGGCUGCCGUGCUCGGCCAGUUCCAGCACCCCAACAUCCUGCGGCUGGAGGGCGUGGUCACCAAGAGCCGCCCCCUCAUGGUGUUGACAGAGCUCAUGGAGCUCGGCCCCCUGGAUAGCUUCCUCAGGCAGCGGGAGGGCCAGUUCAGCAGCCUGCAGCUGGUGGCCAUGCAGCGGGGAGUGGCGGCCGCCAUGCAGUAUCUGUCCAGCUUUGCCUUUGUACACCGCGCACUCUCAGCCCGCAGUGUGCUGGUGAACAGCCACCUGGUGUGCAAGGUGGCCCGGCUUGGCCACAGUCCUCAGGGCCCGGGCUGUUUGCUGCGCUGGGCAGCCCCCGAAGUCCUAGCGCAUGGGAAGCACACGACCUCCAGCGACGUCUGGAGCUUUGGGAUAGUGAUGUGGGAGGUGAUGAGCUAUGGAGAACGGCCCUACUGGGACAUGAGCGACCAGGAGGUACUAAAUGCCAUAGAGCAGGAGUUCCGGCUGCCUCCACCUCCAGGCUGUCCACCUGGACUACAUCUGCUUAUGCUAGACACUUGGCAGAAGGACCGUGCCCGGCGGCCUCACUUUGACCAGCUGGUGGCUGCAUUUGACAAGAUGAUCCGCAAGCCAGACACCCUGCUGGCUGAGGGGGGCCCCGGGGACAGACCUGCCCAGGCCCUCCUGAACCCUGUGGCCCUGGACUUUCCUUGUCUGGACUCGCCCCAGGCCUGGCUGUCGGCCAUUGGACUGGAGUGCUACCAGGACAAUUUCUCCAAGUUUGGCCUCUGUACCUUCAGUGAUGUGGUUCAGCUCAGCCUGGAAGACCUGCCUGCCCUGGGUGUCACCCUGGCUGGUCACCAGAAGAAACUGCUACACAACAUCCAGCUACUGCAGCAGCACCUGAGGCAGCCGGGCUCGGUGGAGGUCUGAGGCCCGGGCGGGAUGUGGUGAACUGAGGACGCCCGUGACCCAGCCCUGGAUGAGGCCCAGGAGGGCCCUGUGCGCUGCGAGCCCGGCUCGAGCUGGGCCUGCGAGAGAGACAGCCAGCGGGCAGCGACCUCCAGCCCUGCUGUCUCUGCAGCCCCUCUCCCCCUGCCCCUCCAGCGUCUCCCACAUUAAAGGCAAA